CACAAAAUGAAGCUUUGUGAAUUCACUACUCUUUCUUUAGUGUUUUCUCUCCUUUUGCUGAGUGCCUUGGCAGAACAAUGUGGUUCCCAAGCAGGAGGUGCGCGUUGUCCCUCGGGACUCUGUUGCAGCAAAUUCGGCUUUUGUGGUAACACAAAUGACUACUGUGGUUCAGGCAAUUGCCAGAGCCAGUGUCCUGGAGGCCCCGGUACUGGUCCUGGUCCUAGUCCUAAUGGGGACCUUAGCAGCAUAAUCUCAAAUUCCAUGUUUGAUCAGAUGCUUAAUCAUCGCAAUGAUAAUGCUUGUCAAGGAAAGGGUAAUUUCUAUAGUUACAAUGCAUUUAUCAAUGCUGCUAGGUCUUUUCCUGGCUUCGGCACCACUGGUGAUUCUACUGCCCGUAAAAGGGAAAUUGCUGCUUUCUUUGCCCAAACCUCCCAUGAAACUACUGGAGGAUGGCCUACGGCACCAGAUGGACCAUAUGCAUGGGGUUACUGUUUCCUUAGAGAACAAGGUAACCCGGGCGAUUACUGUACACCAAGUAGUCAAUGGCCUUGUGCUCCAGGAAGGAAAUAUUUUGGACGAGGCCCCAUCCAAAUUUCGCACAACUACAACUAUGGUCCAUGUGGAAGAGCCAUCGGAGUAGACCUUUUAAACAAUCCUGAUUUAGUAGCCACAGACUCAGUCAUCUCAUUCAAAUCAGCCAUCUGGUUCUGGAUGACCCCUCAAUCACCAAAGCCUUCUUGCCACGAUGUCAUCAUCGGAAGAUGGCAACCAUCUGGCGCUGACCGAGCAGCUAAUCGCCUCCCUGGAUUAGGUCUCAUCACAAACAUCAUCAAUGGUGGCCUGGAAUGUGGUCAUGGCAACGACAACAGAGUCCAGGAUCGAAUUGGGUUCUACAGGAGGUAUUGCGGAAUUCUUGGAGUUAGUCCAGGUGACAAUCUUGAUUGCGGCAACCAGAGGCCUUUUGGCAGCUGAUCACUCUCUUAGCCGAUUCUAUGUAACAACUUCAUCAUAUGUUUUGUUGUAUUCUCUUGCAACGCAAGGAUCAACUAUAAAUUAAAGUUCUAAUAAUGUGCUUCGUUUAAUAAUAAUAAAUGACUA